GCCCGGAACGCACGAAUGUGCACCGAAAAAAAAAUAAAGUGCCAUAGAAACGAAAGUGUAGAAUGAAUAAAAUGUGUGAUUUACAGAUUAAAAAACUAUGGAUCAUUUUCAUGCUUUUAGGCACUCUCCAAAGAACACAGGCAGCGUGGUUAAGGUGUUAUAAAGAUUCUCUAACAGAGUAUAUGGUCACUCCGUUAGAGUAUCCUUUACCAAUAGCCCAUUCCUCAUGCCUGGACCGGAGUCAACCAACUGUUAUAUACACCUUCGGUUACCAAGGCAAGGUCGCCGGGCCAGCCACCACCGCGGUCCUAACAGCUUAUAUAGCAAAGAGAAAGAGGAAUGUUAUCCUUCUGGAUUGGGAAGAAGAGGCUAAAAGUGGUCUACUAGGCUUGCAGCUUGGGUAUGCAACUUCGGCAGCGCCAAAUGCUAAAAAGAUCGGAUAUGCGCUCGGUAGAGCACUUCACACACUGUCAGGCGCUGGAGUAGAUUUGAAUACCAUACAUUUAAUGGGACAUUCCCUUGGGGCGCAUGUGAUGGGCUACGCUGGACGCUGGUUGAGGGAAAGAGGAAAAAUCGUCAGCAGAAUAACAGGACUGGAUCCUGCGCGUGCAUUGUUCGAGGGAACGUUCGGUUUCUUCAAACAAUUGGACAGAACGUGCGCGUUAUUUGUGGACAUUAUACACACGGACGCCGGGAAUUACGGCACAAGCAAGUCAACCGGUACUGUGGAUAUAUGGCCAAAUUACUACGGCCCUAAGUCGCAGCAGCCUGGCUGUCCACGAAAACCACAAGAGACGUUUAGUCGUGCAGACCUUUGCGAUCACGACCGUUCCUGGCAGUACUUUAUAGAAGCGAUGCUGUCCGGCACCAACAUAUCUGCUGUUUACGCAGACAAUUAUCGUGACUGGAUGCACGAUUAUUCUAGAAGCAAUAUCACCAUCUACAUGGGAGAUCUGAUUAACACCAGAGCUCGUGGCAACUUUUUCUGUUCGACAAACGCUCAACCACCGUUCGGGAAAGGAAGUGAAGGAUUGAAACCAGACUAUGUAAUUAUUAGCUAACAGUAAUCAACCACUUCACUUUCUCAGAGUGUAAACAAUUCGCUAGAUCAUUUUAGGUAAAUAUUUUAGAAGUAUUUGAGCUAAAAAUACCAAAUAUUUAAACAUGACGCUCAAUCCGACUCGAAGGACCAACUUUUUAAUCACUUGAACGAAUACUGUAAUGUUUAUACUGUUUAAAUCUUUGUAAACAUAUGUAACAAAGUCAUACCAAAGUUAUAAUCAUAUUCUGCUUAAGAUAGUAUUAUAUUAUCGAAAUAAAACCUUUCUAUGCUUCUUUUUUUAUUAUUCCCAACCGUCACCCCGCUCUGUCUCCACGGCGGGACAGAUUGGAAAAAAAGUUUCACCCGUCCCACCUUUUUGCGUCAAGGUGACAGUUGGAACUUAUUUUAUUUUAUAACAGUUCCCUCUGACACCUUAAUGAUGAUAGUGGCACUAAAACUUUUUAUUAUCACGUGAGGACACAGACGGUUGGGAAUAAUCCUUCUAUUUUAUAAAGAUGCAUUGCAUCUUCGAGCAAAUACAAUUGUUGAUCGAAGCAUUGUAUUGUGGAAUUUAUGACGAAAUUAAUUUUAAACUAAAAUAUUUGUUAGGUCAUAAUUUUAUGAAGAAAAAA